AUGAUCAAAGUUAACUCUCCUCCACAAGAAGCUUCUAAUAGAGCACCGGAAAAUUCCGAGCGGUCUCCAAAUGUCCAGUCAGCGAACUGGAAGGAACACAUGCUCCUCCAGAAGAAGCUGCACAUUCUGAAUAGAUCGGAGAAGGGCUUAGUGCAUAGAAUCGCCAUUGAUCAGAAGGUCAUGUUCAGGAGAUUCCAAAUGAAGCUGCAUAGAUCCAAACUCGGCUAUGCUCAAAUGAUGGAAGAUAAAGCCCGUGUGCGGGAGCUCAGAGCAUUACAUCUACAUGGACUCAACACAAACUGUGGAGAAAGUGAGGGAGACUACGAGUUUUUGAAGAAGCUGGAGUACCGGCCUUGUUCUGUGGAUGAACCCAGAACCACAAGGUCACACCCGCUGUCGAAGAAAGCCACCUCUGACAGGGACAUUGAGGAAAUAAUCCAGCAGGUUAUGAAAGAACAAUCAUCCCAACAAAUACGAAGCCAGUCGGCAUCGGGGAGGUUUGUACCGAUAAGGGGAGAUAACUCCCGUCCCCACAGCGGUAGGAUUCGGACUCCGCCUACAUCACUUCCCCUUAGGCCGGCUACUGCCGCGGGCACGCAAGUAGAAAAAGAGUUUCUGAUUUUACCCAGUGUCAAUGGGGAAACUGUUGACGAAAAGAUAAAUACGUUUGUGGCAAACAUAUCUAUUGAAACUAAAAAUACCACAAGUGAAAAUCCCGUACUGGAAUUUCCUUCAAAAAGCGCGGAAAGACGACCGUCCAGGGUCAGUUUUGCUCAGAACAUACCCCGAAUAGUUUCCGGUACGUUUCCGGAAUCAACCGGAAGUUCCCGACGCGAAAGUCUUACUACAAGCGAAGGGAGAUCCUCCAGGAGGUCAAGACGGGGAUCUAUGUUUGAGGAGGUAAAAAAGACAAAUUUCCAGGAAAUAUUUCUUGACGAAGCAAGAUCUGUCGAUCUCUCCCCAAAGGUAAAAGAGUUCUGUGAUUCAACGGAAGCUUUUGAGAACACGUAUCUUGACAAAUCUUUUGACUAUUAUGCCCACAAAAUGCAGGUUAACGUGGAACAGUCGACUAAAGACGAGCCACCGUCAUUGCCUGGCACGCCGGAUUUGGAAAAUGAUAAAUUUAUAGGUAACACAAAAGUAAAGAGUCUGACGAUGCCGCUGUUGAAUUUGAACUUUGAAGAACUAAAACAACCAAUAAAUAAGCAAGAGGGUGAGGAGAAAGAGGAAGUGAGUGAAAGAAAAGAGGAGGAGGAAGAGGAAGGACAGAUAGUUGUCGGAUAG